AUGCACAGGAUGCUCACAGACGACAGAUUUCAUCGGGUCGAUGCUGACCUGCUCAUACCAGGAAAAGGGGAUCCGAUCCCCCACGGCGCCGUGAUAUGGCAAUCCAAAACCAUUCGGUACGCUGGACCCCAAUCAGGGGUCCCUGCAGAGUUUCAAGGGGCCACAACCACCCAUGUUCCUGUCGUAAUGCCAGGGAUGUGGGAUUGCCACAUCCACUUCCUGGGCGCCACAGCAGCAACGAUGAAUGCAAUCGUCGACACGUCACAGGCUCUGGCAGGUGCUCGGAGCGUGCCGGACCUGCACGCCACCGUUAUGGCCGGGUUCACCUCAGUGCGUGAGGUCGGGGGCUAUGGGUGUGACCUUGCAAAGGUCGUAGCAGAGGGCCGAAUCCGUGGGCCGAAUAUUUACUCAAGUCAUUCUGCCAUAAGCAUGACUGCGGGACACGGUGAUGUUCACGGCGUCCAUAGGGACUCGCUGCUUGACCUGUGCGCCCAUGGCCUACCAUUGACAAUUGCUGACGGUGUACCUGAAUGCCUGCUCGCUGUGCGAAAGCAGUUGCGCCGGGGUGCAAAAGUCAUAAAGGUCUGUGCUAGUGGAGGCGUCGUGAGCGCUAUCGAUGACCCGCACCACCAGGAGUUCUCCUUCGAGGAGCUGAAAGCAAUCGUUGACGAAGCGGCGCGGGCACGCCGGGUCGUCGCUGCUCACUGUCAUGGUAAAGCGGGGAUUAUGAAUGCAUUGCACGCCGGCUGUCGCACGAUCGAGCAUGGCAGCUUCCUCGAUGAAGAGGCUGUUGAGCUGAUGAAGGAGAAAGGUGCGAUUCUAGUAGCCACCCGCAGUGUCAUUGAGAGUGGACUAGCAAUGAAAGAUCUUUUCACCCCGUCAUCCUAUCAGAAGCUCCUCGAAGUCGCUGAUGCACACAAACAAGCGUACGAACUUGCUGUUUCAAGAGGUGUCACCAUAGCCCUUGGUACCGAUCAGUUUAUCAGCUCAGAUAAUCCGAUCAUAGGCUACGGUCGCAAUGGCCAUGAAGUGAGGUAUGCGGUAGAUGCCGGCUUAACCCCUCUCGCGGCCAUUGAAGCUGCCACGGCGAAUGGGCCGCUUACUCUAGGUUACCAAGCGCCACCGAGCGGUCAGCUGAAGGAAGGGUUUGACGCAGACAUCAUUGCAGUGAGAGAGAAUCCACUGGGAAAUAUUGCAGUUCUGUCUAACUCAAAGAAUAUCACGCAUGUCUGGAAUGGUGGAAAGCUGAUAAAAUCGUAA